CCUCUUUUCGCAUUCAGUGUGGUUUAAAGUCAUAAAUCUCUUCAUUGCUGAAUCAUUAGUCUUUACAGCAGAACAAAAUAAAAAUAUUAACAUAAGAUGUUGUUCUCAUUAUGCUCUUUAUUUUUGUUUCUCUUUCAACUGGCCUACUCUCAAAGAAUUCGAUUUCCCGGUGAAGUACGACGAUCUGAUGAACCUAGCUCUGACCUUUGUGGUUCAAACAGUCAGUGUCGGACUUUGGCUGCUUGCCCUGCUCUUAGAGCAUCUUCAAAUUGGAGGCAAGAUGUGCAAACUUGCGGUUUCACAAGGGGAGAAAGGAGAAGGCGUAUGGUCUGCUGUCCAAAUCAAAGACCACUGAGACGUACAAAUAGACGCCAACGCCCAUCGACGCCACAAGAGGUACCACGACGUCCAUUAUCAGCACCACCAGACCCGAUCCCAAAUACAAUAAGAACUGGCCCAGUAUCAAACUCAAAUUGUGGAAUAUCUCCAACAGCCCGCCUCUAUUCGCCCUAUGUUAUGGGUGGAGAAUUUGCUAAUCAAGGCGACUGGCCAUGGAUGGUUGCUAUAACUAUGCGAGAUAGACAGAACCGUCAAUCUCCCUGGUGUACUGGUUUUCUAAUUGACAGAACUCAUGUCCUAUCAGCUGCUCAUUGUUUUGACAGAAAUCAGCCAAACCUAUAUUCGACAAGAAUUGGCCAUGUGAAUAUCACUGAAGGUGAAACAUACGAUGUCGAUAGAAUACUUGUUCACGAGGGAUAUAGGCCCGGAUUCUAUUAUGACGAUAUUGCCCUGCUGACACUGUCUAGAGCGGUAGACCUACCAAACGUCACCCAAAUUUGCCUACCUGAUACAAAUAUGAGAGAUUUAGGAGGAUUUGGAACUACUGUCGCUGGUUGGGGAGCGGAAAGAUCAGGAGGCGUCAUGACCAACCGACUGAAAGUACUGAGUUCAAUUCCUGUAGUUUCCAAUCCACAAUGCGAUCGCACAUACCGAGAUAGACUCUCAAAUUUUCUUCGCCAAUUUCCUACAGGAAUUUCGAGUGGCAUGCUUUGUGCCGGCUUUCCUGAAGGAGGGAGGGACAGCUGUGGAGGUGAUUCCGGUGGACCUCUAAUGUAUCAAGACCAAGGUCGAUGGUUUGCUGUGGGUCUUGUUUCGUUUGGUUACGCAUGCGGAAGACCUGGUUUCCCGGGAGGCUAUACCAGAGUAUCUUCCUAUUUAGGCUGGAUACAGCGAAACCUGCGUUCUUGAUGCGACUUCGAAAAAUAAUGAAGAUUUGUAAAAUAGAUGCUGAAGUUAAUGAUGAAAUUAAGUCUUAUUUAUAUGAAA